UUUUCUCUCUUUUUUUCUUUUUUUCUCAUCAUCUUUUUUAGAAUAUAAUAAUACAUAAUGUCCUCUCAUUUGGAAGAAGAAGUCGCUGCCUUGGUUAUUGAUAAUGGCUCUGGUAUGUGUAAGGCUGGUUUCGCUGGUGAUGAUGCUCCUCGUGCCGUCUUCCCCUCUAUUGUUGGUCGUCCUCGUCAUCAAGGUAUCAUGGUCGGUAUGGGCCAAAAGGAUUCUUAUGUUGGUGAUGAAGCUCAAUCCAAGCGUGGUAUUUUGACUCUUCGUUAUCCUAUUGAACACGGUAUUGUUACCAACUGGGAUGAUAUGGAAAAGAUCUGGCAUCAUACUUUCUAUAAUGAACUCCGUGUGGCUCCUGAAGAACAUCCUGUUUUGUUGACUGAAGCUCCUUUGAACCCCAAAUCUAACCGUGAAAAGAUGACUCAAAUCAUGUUUGAAACUUUUAAUGCCCCUGCUUUCUAUGUUGCUAUUCAAGCUGUCUUGUCUCUUUAUGCUUCCGGUCGUACUACUGGUAUUGUGCUUGACUCUGGUGAUGGUGUUACUCACACUGUACCCAUUUACGAAGGUUAUGCUCUUCCCCACGCUAUCUUGCGUUUGGAUAUGGCUGGUCGUGAUUUGACUGAUUACUUGAUGCGUAUCUUGGCUGAACGUGGUCAUUCCUUCACUACUACUGCUGAACGUGAAAUUGUUCGUGAUAUCAAGGAAAAACUCUGUUAUACUGCUCUUGACUUUGAACAAGAAAUGCAAACUGCUUCUCAAUCAUCUGCUCUUGAAAAGUCCUAUGAAUUACCUGAUGGUCAAGUCAUCACUGUUGGCAACGAACGUUUCCGUGCUCCUGAAGCUCUUUUCCAACCUUCUUUCCUUGGUCUUGAAUCUGCUGGUAUUCAUGAAACUACUUACAACUCUAUCAUGAAGUGUGAUGUGGAUAUUCGUAAGGAUUUGUACUCCAACAUUGUUAUGUCUGGUGGUACCACUAUGUAUCCUGGUAUUGCUGACCGUAUGCAAAAGGAAAUCACUGCUCUUGCUCCUAGCUCCAUGAAGAUCAAGAUUGUUGCUCCUCCUGAACGCAAGUACUCUGUCUGGAUUGGUGGUUCUAUUCUUGCCUCUCUUUCUACUUUCCAACAAAUGUGGAUCUCCAAGCAAGAAUACGACGAAAGUGGUCCUUCCAUUGUCCACAGAAAGUGUUUCUAAUUUUCUUUUUUUUUUUUAUGCACUUUUUUUAUUUAUCAUUGAUCACUCUUUUUUUUUUUUUUUU